AUGCCUGAAAUCUACGCCUCUCAUCCCGACUACGGCUUUGCGCGUGACUUCAAGGGUUAUGGUGAAAAAGGACUGGAAGGCUUGAAAUGGCCCAACAAAGCCAAAAUCGCCAUUUUCCCCAUUUACUCAUUCACACCGGGCGGCGAGCGCUCCGUCCUCAGCGGCGACGGCGUCGCAGAGACAAACCUCCCUGAACACCCUGAAGAGGGCCGCCAGAACGAGCGCAACUACGACGCCGAGGCUGAGUACGAAUACGGCUUGCGCAUCGGCUUCUGGCGUCUCUUCAAGGCCGUCGAGCAGCAGCCCGAGGCCGUCACGCGUUGUGUCGAGGAGGGCCACGACAUCGCCUCACACGCUUGUCGCUGGGUUGACCACCACGACUGGUCAAUCGAGAGGGAGAAGGCGUACAUCCGCAAGGGUAUCACCAGCCUCAAGGGCCUGACCGGGCACGCGCCUAGGGACUGGUACUAUGGCCGCCCGUCACCACACAGCCGCAGCUUGAUCCCCCAAGUGUGCCAGACGGGGCCCCAACAGGUGUCGAAUCAACUGGCAGUGCAGCAUUUAACGGCAUGUGGACGGCGCUUCAUACACCUGUCGUGA